UCCACCAAGCUGGUAGACUAACAUGGAUUGGUAGUACUUGACAGAAAUGUUUUAUUUAUUUAUUACUGUACUUUAAGUGAAAAUUUAUAGUUCAAGUUAGUUUCUCAUACAAAAAUAUAUACACACAUUGUUAUGUGACCCUAGUAAAUUUGCUCUCCUUAUAAUGCAACAGCACACUUCUCCUUUCUACCCUGUAUUUUCCAAGUGCAUUCAACCAGCUCCUGUCCCUUUCUGCUUUCUCAUCUCACCUCUAGUCAGGAACUGCCCAUUUCAUCUCAUGUAUCUACUUGAGCUAAGAAGCACACUCUUCACAAGUAUCAUUUUACAGCCCAGUCUAAUCGUUGUCUGAAGAGUUGGCUUUGGGAGUGGUUUUAGUUUUGAGCUAACAGAGAGUCUGGGGGCCAUGUCUUCCAGGGUCCCUCCAGUCUCAGUCAGACCAUUAAGUCUGGUCUUUUAACUAGAAUUUGAGUUCUGUACCCCACUUUUCUUCUGCUCUGUCAGGGACUCUCUGUUGUGUUCCCCAUCAGAGCAGUCAUUGGUGGUAGCUGGGCACCAUCUAGUUCUUAUGGUCUCAGGCUGAUGGGAUCUCUGAUUUAUGUGGCCCUUUCUGUCUCUUGGGCUCAUAUUUUCCUUGUGUCUUUGGUGUUCUUCUGAUUUUUUUUUUUUUAAUUCCUGGGAAAAGAUACUUAUGACAGUCAUAUCCAGGAUUCUCGAUGCAUCUGGCUCCUCAGAGUCAUUUUAGUCAAAUUGGAAGAAAGGCAGAGAGGGUUAAAAAUGGAUGAUGGGGCUCUUAAUAUCAGCCAGCUGUAGUACAUGUAGAGAAGUGAGGGAACAACCAUUCUGGUGCCAAUAAAUUAACUCAUGUACCAGAGAGAUCAUGGCCCAGGUCAGCCUGCGUGAUCCUGAUCAAAAUGGAUCCAGAAAUUAUAGUUAUGACACUUUCUAUCGGUUGCCAAUUUUUAUAGGGCUUUACCGUUAACCAUUUUCCCCCUGAAAAUUACCUUGAUUAAUUGUUACACUAAUUGUGAAAGGUAGUCAUUUUUUAUUAUUUGUAUUUGAUUGAUCAGAAACUUGAGGCUGGGGAAGGUCAAGUGACUUUUCCAGAUUCCAGGCUAGUGGGACAUGGAACCAGGAUUUAAGUUUUCUAAGAGUUUUCUCCUAUCCCCCGCCUGUGAAGAUUUCUGAGACAGCCUAGCUUUUGUUCGUAUUCAUAUCCUCGGUAUCCAUUAGGAUCCUGAUAUAUGGUAAGAAUUUAAUAAAUGUUUAUUGAAUGAACAUAUAAAUGAAUAACAAAUGAAGGAAUGACAACUUGAGUUUUGAGAAUAUCUUUGAUAAUAAAAAAUUGAGUUCCUCCAAAGUAUUACUCUGUUAUUAAAGGAAAACGAAAAAUAAUUCAUUUGCAGUCAUAUACUCAACUUCACAGGAAAAAACAAAACGAAACUCUUCUAUCCAAAUAGAGCUGUUAUUUACCUCUCUGGCCUCUUUUGAGACCAAAGCCCUAAUCUUAAAUCCUUAAAAUGUGUAUCCAUUUUAGUAUAUGAUGUUUCUUUUCGAUUAAUAUUAUUACCAAGAAACUCUUUCUUGUUUUUGCCAGGUUUUAUAUAUUUUUUUUGUGACUAAAGAUUUGUUGAAAUUGAUACAUCUUAGUUUAACCAUUGCCCACUGUGGGCACUGGAGAGUUUUCAUUUUUUUUUUUCCCCCUCUUAAAUGAAAUGCAAUGCAACAUGCUAAAAAAUGCAGUGAUCAACAUUUAUGGACAGCUAGCUUUUACUUCCUUCUAAAUUAUUUCCUGGAGUCCCUGGGUGGUGCAAAAAGUUAAGAUGCUUGUCUGCUGUCAUGGAUUGAAUUGUAUCCCCCCAAAAUCUGCGUCAACCUUGCUAGGCCAUGAAUCUCAGGAUUGUGUGGUUCUCCAUUGUGUGAUCUGAUGUAAUUAUCCUCAGUUUUGUGAUAUGUUUUGAAUCCUAUCUUCUUGAUGUUGAUGAGGCAGGAUUAGAUUAUGUUAAUGAGGAUUAGGUUAUAUUUGUUAUGUUAAUGACAGGAUUAGGGUGAGAUGUAUCUUGAGUCAUACCACACCUUCUUAAGUCACCACUCUUACUCAAGUCACACUCUUGCUUGAGUCACAUGUUUUUUCUUACAAGAGAUAAAAGGAGAGAGAAGGAGGCAGAGAGAGAGGGACCUCAUUACCAUGAAGAAGAAGAGCCAGGAGCACAGUGUCCUUUGGACCUGGUGUCCCUGCGCUGAGAACCUCUUAGACCCAAGGAAAGAUCGAUGCCAAGACACGUGGAGAUCUUCAAGGAACGCCAGGCCCACAGAUUUUGAAAGAAGUCAGUGAUCUUCCCUGGAGCCAACAGAGAGAGAGAGAGCCUUCCCUUAGAGCUGUUGCCCUGAAUUUGGACUUCUGGCUUCCUAAAUUGUGAGAGAAUAAAUUUCUGUUUGUUAACACCAUCCACUUGUGCUAUUUCUGUUAUAGUGGCACUAAAUAACUAAGACAGCUGCUAACUGAAAGGUUGCCAAUUUGAGUCCACCCAGAGGUGCUUCGGAAGAAGGCCUGGUGAUCUACUGAAAAAUCAGCCAUUGAAAACCUGUGGAGCACAGUUCUACUCUGCCACACAUGCGGUUGCUGAACUGAAGAGAAUCCUGACUACGACGACUAGCCAGACCAGAGGACCAGCGCCUACCCUCCCAGAGCUUUUCUGCCUGGCUUCCUCCGGCUCCCAGGUGACCUGCAGCAGGACUUCUGAACUUAACAUCGUUGUCUUGACACAUAUUUCUUCCUCUAGACCCUAACACUGAAGUUUGCUGAACUCUGUCUGCUGAGGACCCCAGGAGCUAGCUUUCUGAGCUGCCCGACAGAUCAUCUCAAACGGACAUAAUCUGAGGCUACAACAAAAAACCAAACAACAAAGAAAAUGAACUAGAGCCUUUUGAAACCCAGGAUCCGUAGCAUCUGUACACCACUCUUGGGGAGGACCAGUGCGAAGGUUCAGAAGAGUCAUCUGUUGUUUUAAUCCUUAUUCCUGUGACCAUUAAGAAGAUUCUUUUUCCAUGUGUCUUUUGCUAAAUUGAUGUAUUCUUCUAUGAAGUUGAUGGGAUUUACAAUACAUAGGGAAAUCACAUAAAAUGGUGGACAAUCACACAAUCCUGGACUCAUGACUCAGAUUCCAACAAUGUCUCACCCAUCCUGGCUGCCACCCAAAAGCACUGCAGAGCCCCUUGGUCAUGUGCCUGCACGGAUGGAGACCACCCAUUCCUUUGGGACCCCUAGCAUUUCCGUGUCCACACAACAGCCACCCAAGAAGUUUGCACCAGUAGUUGCUCCAAAGCCCAAGUACAACCCAUACAAGCAACCUGGAGGCGAGGGUGAUUUUCUUCCACCCCCACCUCCACCUAUAGAUGAUCCCAGUGCCCUUCCAUCUGGCUCUGGAAACUUCCCUCCUCCACCACCGCUUGAUGAAGGUGCUUUCGGAGUGCAGGUGGGACCAGUCUUUGGAGAAGGAUAUCAUGCUUGGUCAAGUGGAGAGUCAGCGAAAAAGAGGAAGAUCGUCAAUGAGCAGGGAAAUCCCGGAGGCAAGACCCUUGAGGAGAGGCGCUCCAGCCUGGAUGCAGAGAUUGACUCCUUGACCAGUAUCUUGGCUGACCUGGAGUGUAGCUCCCCCUACAAGCCUCGGCCCCCACAGGGCUCUGCUAGUUCAACAGCCUCUCCACCGGUCUCUACCCCUGUCACAGGACACAAGAGAAUGGUCAUCCCAAACCAGCCUCCUCUAACAGCCACCAAAAAGUCGACAUUGAAACCACAGCCUGCGCCCCAGGCUGGACCCAUCCCAGUGGCUCCAGUUGGAACGUUCAAGCCUCAGCCUCAGCCGGUCCCAGCCUCCUACACCACAGCAUCCACCCCUUCAAGACCUGCCUUCAAUGUGCAAGUGAAGUCAGCUCAGCCCAGCCCUCAUUACAUGUCUGCCCCUUCACCAGGACAACUGUACGGUCCAGGGCCCCAAGGCUACAGCACUCAGCCAGUGCCGGUUCCUGGACAGUGCCCACCUCCUUCAACCCGGGGAGGCAUGGAUUAUGCAUAUAUCCCACCACCAGGACUUCCCCCUGAUCCUGGGUAUGGGUAUGCCCCCAACCAAGCACGCUAUUACGAUGGCUAUUACCCAGGAGGGUCUGGCUAUGGGGGCAGAAAUGACGCUGAUCCUGCCUGUAGUCAACAAGGUCCCCAGAAUACCUGGAAGCGGGAACCAGGAUACGCUCCUCCUGGAGCAGGCAACCAGAACCCUGCUGGGAUGUAUCCUGUCCCUGCUCCCAAGAAGACCUAUAUCACGGAUCCUGUUUUAGGUCCUAGUGUACCACCGAUGCAACCAAAGGGUGGACACCCAGGGUCUAUGGGGCCUCCAGCUGCCCCCUCCUCGUUCCGUCCGGAAGAUGAGCUCGAGCACCUGACCAAGAAGAUGCUGUAUGACAUGGAGAAUCCGCCUGCUGAUGAAUACUUUGGCCGUUGUGCUCGCUGUGGGGAAAACGUGGUUGGGGAAGGUACAGGCUGUACUGCCAUGGAUCAGGUCUUCCACGUGGAUUGUUUUACCUGCAUCAUCUGUAACAACAAGCUCCGGGGGCAGCCUUUCUAUGCCGUGGAAAAGAAAGCGUACUGUGAGCCCUGCUACAUUAAUACUCUGGAGCAGUGCAACGUGUGCUCCAAGCCCAUCAUGGAGCGGAUUCUCCGUGCCACCGGGAAGGCCUACCAUCCUCACUGCUUCACCUGUGUGAUGUGCCACCGCAGCCUAGAUGGGAUCCCGUUCACCGUGGACGCCGGCGGGCUCAUUCACUGCAUUGAGGACUUUCACAAGAAAUUUGCUCCCCGAUGUUCUGUGUGUAAGGAACCCAUCAUGCCAGCCCCAGGCCAGGAGGAGACUGUGCGCAUCGUGGCUCUGGAUCGCGAUUUCCAUGUUCACUGCUACCGCUGUGAGGAUUGUGGUGGUCUCCUGUCUGAAGGAGAUAACCAAGGCUGCUACCCCCUGGACGGACACAUUCUCUGCAAGACCUGCAACUCUGCCCGCAUCAGGGUGCUGACCGCCAAGGCUAGCACUGACCUUUAGGGCCAGCCGCCUGUUUAGUAGGCUAGUGGGUGACACUGAGAACGAAACACAAGAAAAUGAUAAGCAAAGAAAUAGAGCAAUAGAGGAAAGCAAAUCACA